CCAACAUCCAGACUCCGGGCUGCUUUGUGAAAAUUUCAAAAACCCACAGAGCGAUUUCGGCCCGUCCUAGGAAUCGAACCCGAGACCUCGUGGAAGUCGUGGACAGCAGUGGCGCUAUCGACAAGUAGACCAACGAGGCUGUCAACAUUUUUUCGCUAUUGAAAACUACAUAUUGGACCUUUAUAAAUUAAGCAAAAGGUUUCGACCUACAUUCAAAAUCGUAAUUUUAUUUGUCAUAACUUUUGACGUGACGUUCAUGGCAAAUUGGCAAUAAAAAUAUUUGAUUCGAAUAGUAAAAUAUAAUUGAUUUAAUUUUAAUAAAUAUACAGUAGAAUCGGUUAUUAAAAAUACAAAAUGUCGUUCCUUGCAUUGGACAAAUGGGCAAGGCUCUUCAGGAUGAUAAAGCAGAGUGGUGGUUUGAUGAAAGCUCUGUAUAAAAUGUGGAGAUUCGAUGCAUUAAAGGAUGGUAAAUAUGUGGGCUGCGAUGCGAGUGGUAACAAAUACUACACGAACUGUAACUAUAUGAUCGGCCGCAGUCGUUGGGUAGAAUACAGUCCCAACGUCAGAUGGGCCUAUGAUGCUAGUCAGGUAACUGCCGAAUGGUUCGGUUGGCUUCAUUACAAGACAGACAGAUUGCCCUGUGAGGACUGCGCGAAAUACUCCCUGAACUGCAGUUGCUUUGCCCACGCGUGGCUUCAGCCGUACGUUGAAAAUGUGACUGGGACUGAAGAAGCGUACUAUCCUUACAGUACUACUAAAGCUCAUAUCAAAGUUUGGGACGGUUGUACGGUGACCAAUCGUAAUAAGGCGGAAUAGUGAAACUUAAACUGAAUUAAGUAAUGAUUAAUAUUAUUUUGUUUAUGUCCAUGGUACCUACAUAUUAUAUUUAAUUUGUCAUAGAAGUAUUGUGAAUCUUUUGUAGGUACAUACUUA